GCGAUUGGCGCAGGCGGGCCCGCCCCCCGUGCCUGCCGCGGUGCCGGCUCUGCGCUGCCGGCGGCCGCACCGGGCGGGGGCACCGGCACCGGGCACCGGGACUGCGCUCGGCUCGGCACGGCACGGCAGGGCACGGCACGGCAAGGCACGGGCUCACCAUGAUCGUGUGUCCCCAGAGCGUGGAGCACCCCCGAGGAAGCCGAUGCCAGCGGCUGCCGGGGCAGGCAUAAAGGCCGGGCGAGAGAUACCGUCGCGGCACCGUCUCCAGCAAACGUUACCGGAGGAGCCACCGGUACCGACAGAGCCGCGGUCUCGCUGGGCGAAGGGAUAAGCCCCGGCCAGGCGGGGAGUGCGGCGGGGUCCGCCGGCCCCUCUCCCGCACAUCCCGGCGCUUUCCGGGCUCCUUCAACCUCCUGCCUUCUUUAUGUGUUCACGGCUGCAGGCCGGGAGCGCCGGGGCACCGUUACCCCUGCGGCUCCACCGGGCGCCGAGGGGACGAGGUUGGCGGUGGGUACGCAGGUAGUGAAGAUGUCCAGCAGUGACCCCGAGUGCCCCCAGUUCCUCUUUGUGAAGGUGCUGGCAAGCCGAGGGCGGCUGGAGGCGGUGACCCAGCAGAUGGGCUACCACCCACAGUACCUUGACAGCUUCCUUAAGACACAGCACUACCUGAUGCACAUGGAUGGCCCCCUGCCCUUUGACUGCCGGCACUACAUUGCCAUCAUGGCGGCGGCCCGGCACCAGUGCCGGUACCUGGUGAACCUGCACGUGCUGCAGUUCCUGCGGGCAGGGGGAGACCCCCAGUGGCUGCGCGGCCUCGAAUUCAUCCCCCCCAAACUCCGCAACCUCAAUGAGAUCAACAAGAUCCUGGCACACCGGCCAUGGCUCAUCACCAAGGAGCACAUUGAGAAGCUGCUGAAGAUCAGCGAGUGGAGCUGGUCACUGGCAGAGCUGGUGCACGCCGUCGUCCUCCUGGCACACUGCCAUGCACUUGCCAGCUUUGUCUUCGGCUGUGGCUGUGAGCAGGACGAGGGGCUGGGGGGCCGAGGCUUGCUGAAGCCACUGUCACUCGGGAACCAGUGCUUCUGCGAGGCCACUGCCGGCAACAGCUACAGCCAGGAGCUGCUGCGUAUCAACCGCAAGCGGUCCCUGGACUCCUGCAUGGACCUGGAUUCCCUCCGGGAACGCAUGCAGCGGAUCCAUGUGGAAACUGAGGGCAGGGACGAGAUGAGGCUGCUGCAGCAGGACCGAGAGGAAGGGCUCUCCCCUCUUGCAGAUACUGAUGGGGAAGUCACCGGUGCCACCAACCUUGCCUGCUAUAUGCAGGACCCUGACUUUGGAUACCAGGACUUUGCCCGGCGCGACGAGGAUCAGACGCAGGUAUUCAGAGUCCAGGAUUACUCCUGGGAAGACCAUGGCUUCUCACUGGUCAACCGGCUCUACUCUGACAUUGGGCAUCUCCUGGAUGAGAAGUUUAGGAUGGUGGAUGGUCUGCAAAGCAGUGCCAUGGCCAAGCGGCAGGGCUGUGAACCUUCUGUUUUCAAGCGUGGCAUUUGGAACUACAUCCACUGCAUGUUUGGCAUUAGGUACGAUGAUUAUGACUAUGCAGAAGUGAAUCAGCUCCUGGAGCGAAUGCUCAAAGUUUACAUUAAAACUGUCACCUGCUACCCAGAGAAGACAAACUCAGAAAUGUUUGACAGGUUCUGGAAGCAGUUCAAGCACAGUGAAAAGGUCCACGUGAACCUGCUCAUCCUGGAAGCCCGGAUGCAGGCAGAGCUGCUGUACGCGUUGCAGGCCAUCACCCAGUACAUGAUCUCCUAGAUGGUGGGAGCUGUGCUGCGGCGGGGCCGGGCAGCCUCCUCUCUUCCUGAACUCGUGCGGGACCCAUCAUGCUGGGACCGACAGCGAGGGAUUUCUUGAUUUAGUUUACUUGACUGUAUUGUUCCUUUUUGUUGGUUCCCCCCCGGCCUUGUGGGGGUCACUGAGUGGCCCUGUUACGUGCAAUUACCAAACUGUGAGGCAA